GAGAGCUUAUCUAUAUAGAUUGAUGAUUGUUUGUGUUUAUCUUUUGCCAUUUGGUCCUCUUGCAUAUUUUUCUAUCCAUAGAGCUAGAAAAAACCCUUCUCUUUAUUAAAGCCUCAAAACAAAACAACCAUGUCGGCCUUUGUUGGAAAGUAUGCUGAUGAACUUAUCAAGACAGCCAAAUACAUUGCCACUCCCGGCAAGGGAAUACUCGCCGCCGACGAGAGCACCGGCACGAUCGGAAAACGUCUGUCGAGCAUCAACGUAGAGAACAUAGAAUCCAACCGCCAAGCCCUACGGGAGCUCCUCUUCACCUGUCCCAACGCCCUCCCAUACCUCUCCGGCGUCAUCCUCUUCGAAGAAACUCUCUACCAAAAGACCACAGACGGCAAGCCCUUCGUCGAAGUCCUCCAAGAAAACGGCGUCGUUCCGGGCAUCAAGGUCGACAAGGGCACCGUCGAGCUGGCCGGCACCAACGGCGAGACCACCACUCAAGGCUUCGACUCGCUCGGCGCACGUUGCGCUCAGUACUACAAGGCCGGAGCACGGUUCGCCAAGUGGAGAGCCGUGCUUAAGAUUGGAGCGACUGAGCCGUCGGAGCUGUCGAUCCAGCAGAACGCGCAGGGGUUGGCGAGGUAUGCGAUUAUAUGCCAGGAGAAUGGGUUGGUGCCGAUUGUGGAGCCGGAGGUGUUGACUGAUGGGGACCAUGAUGUGAACAAGUGUGCGGCGGUGACUGAGACUGUGCUUGCGGCGGUUUACAAGGCUUUGAAUGAGCAACACGUUCUUCUUGAGGGGACUCUUCUUAAACCCAACAUGGUCACACCCGGUUCUGAUAGUCCAAAGGUAGCGCCGGAGGUGAUAGCGGAGCACACAGUGACGGCGCUACGGCGGACAGUGCCGCCAGCAGUACCGGGGAUCGUGUUCCUCUCAGGUGGACAGAGCGAGGAAGAAGCAACCCAGAAUCUGAACGCCAUGAACAAGCUCCAAGUGUUGAAGCCAUGGACGCUGUCCUUCUCCUUCGGCCGAGCUCUGCAACAGAGCACGCUCAAGACUUGGGGCGGGAAGAAGGAGAACGUCGGCAAAGCUCAGGCGGCGUUUCUGACGAGGUGCAAGGACAACUCCGACGCCACUCUCGGCAACUACACUCCUUCUUCCUCCGGUGGCCUCGCUUCUGAGAGCUUGUUCGUUAAGGGUUACAAGUACUAAUCGAUAUCAUGAAGAGGAUGACAUAUAUGAGAAAACAAAAGCUCACUCUACGUACCUCAUUAUGCAUGAUCAUAUAUAUAAUAUGUAUUUUUUUCUUCUUGGUUUUUAUGUUUUAUAUAUAUAUAUAUAUAUUCAGUUUUUUUUUUCUUCCUGAUUAAUUAAUAUAUUUUUUUCUUUUACAAAUUGUGUAUGUAUGUGACUUACAUAUCAAAAAAUCAAGUUGAUUGUACUUAUAGUUUUUACCUUA